AUGGCAGAAUAUGGCAAGGUGAAGGUUACGGGCAAGAUUGUCUACGGGCUGACAGACAAACCUGCCAACCGUUAUGAGUUCGAUUGUGAAGAGAUGGGUGGCAGGGUGGAUGUUGUGUCCUACUUCAAGCAUAAGCACGGCAUCAGCGUGCAGUACCCUGACCUGCCUUGCAUCCAACUGGGCAAUGCCCGCACCUGCAUCCCCAUGGAGUUCGUGUAUGUCAUGGGCGGUGAACACAACCUGGCGGUGGGAAAGCUGCGGCCGGAGUUCCAGCAAGAGGUCACGAGGAGGACUGCAAUGCAGCCGUCCAUCCGGCGAGACCAGAUCAUGCAAGCCCUGAACAACAAAGAGCUAGGCAACAGCGUCAUGAGGGAGUCGACGAACUACUCUAACAGCUUCAAGACGCUUUCCCCGCCGAAGUUCAAUGUCUCCUGGGGCCUCUGGUGCUUCACAACAGAGAGUCGCCCUAGUCAGUCAGACGUCAGCUGGUUCGCGGGCCAGUUCAAGACGAGUUGCAACAGAAAGGGCAUGACCUUUGCAGAAGCCAAGUUCGUGGAGUGGCCGGACGCCUUCAACGCAUACUACAAGUGCCGCAGCAACAGGGACGCCUUCUCUCCGGAGAUGCGCGAUGCGGUCCGAAGGAAUCUUGAACAAGUGGCCCAGACGCACAAGGACUUGAAGCUGCUCGUGGUCCUACUGGGCGACAACGAGGCCAUCACGGAUCACCUGUACAAGUGCAUCAAGCUCAUCACAGAAACCGAGAUUGGCACCUUCACCACGCAGUUUGUGAAUUGCAAGAAGGGCAUUGAAGACGCGGAGAAAAAGCUCAACAACCUCAUGCUGAAGAUCACGCCUAAAGUUCCUUCCAUGCCGACCGGUUCCAGGGCGGCUUUCAAUGUGGCCCUGUCUGAGCCACACCCACUUCUGAGGAAGGAAGAGGCCACCAUGAUCAUGGGUGCUGAUGUGACUCACAAAGUUGCUGGCAUCAGUGUGGCGGGAGUUGUGGCCUCCGUGGACGAAAGCUACGCCACUUACUUUCACGAGAUUCGCGGGCAGUCUCCGUACACGCUGAAUACGCUCAAGCAGCGAAAUCGUCAAAGCGAAGAGCGUAUUAUUGAUUUGUCCAGCAUGACGAAGAGCCUCCUAGAGAAGUGGAAGAAGACAAACAACAAGCUGCCUGAAACGAUCAUCUACUACCGGGAUGGCGUCUCUGAUGGGCAGUUCGUCAAUGUGCUCAAGCGCGAGUUGAAUGGGCUGGAUGCCGCGUUCAAAAGCAUCAGCGCCACUUACAAUCCUAAGCUGAUCAUCAUUGUUGGCCAGAAACGCCACCAGACGCGCCUGUGGAUGCAAGAAGGAGGCCUACAGGCUGACAAGGGCAAAGGAAAGGACAAGGGCAAGGACGAUAAGGGCAAGGGCAAGGGCAAAGGCAAGGGCAAGGACACUGCGCAGGUUCCUCCUGGUACGGUGGCCAGCGAGGGCAUUGCACAGCCAUCCCACAUGAACUUCUUCCUCGUCUCCCAGCAAGGUAUCCAAGGCACGUCAGUGCCUUGUCACUACCACGUCCUGCACAUGGACCAGAGGCUUGCGAAGCGGGUUUGUGUGGAUGACAUCGAAACCAUCACGUUUCAGCUGUGCCACAUGUACUCGCGGGCCGACAAGUCCGUCGGGUAUGCCACACCGGCUUACAUGGCCGAUCAUGCUUGUGAGCGCGGCAAGCAUUACCUUGAGGCCUGA